AAAUAAUAUUAACAACUAUAUAUCAUCCUCAUCAGUCCUUGCCUUUUCUCUCAUCCACACAUACUAAGGAAAAAUGGUGAAUCUAUUAUCUCAUCUCUUACUUUUUUUGCUACCAUUGCAUUGUUUUAUGGCUUGCUUAGCUUCAAAUUCAGAAAACAUCACAACAGAUCAAUCUGCACUUCUAGCAUUCAAAUCACUAAUUACUUCAGACCCCUAUGAUAUGCUGACUAAUAAUUGGUCAACCUCCUCAUCGGUAUGCAAUUGGGUUGGUGUUGUUUGUGAUGAGCGACAUGGUAGAGUCUACAGUUUGAUUCUCCAAAACAUGAGGCUUAGAGGCAACAUUUCCCCAAACUUGGGGAACUUGUCCUUUCUUGUUACACUUGACCUUAAAAAUAAUAGCUUUGGUGGUCAGUUACCUAAAGAGUUAUUUCGGUUGCGCCGAUUAAAGUUUCUUCAUAUAAGUUAUAACGAGUUUGAAGGUGGAAUUCCUGUUGUCUUGGGGGACUUAUCACAACUUCAAUAUUUGUAUCUUGGUGUAAACAAUUUCAGUGGUAUUAUCCCCCAGUCUAUUGGCAACCUUCAGAGGUUGAAAGAAUUGGAUACUAGUUACAACAGACUAUCUGGGCCCAUACCUCAAUCAAUUUCAAACAUGUCUUCACUCGAACUUCUUAAUUUAUAUUCUAACUACUUUUCAGGUAAAAUUCCAUCGCUUAAUAAAAUGACUUCUUUGAGGGUGGUCGAACUUGCCAAUAACAAUUUAAAUGGAAGACUACCAAAUGAUUUUUUCAAUCAGCUUCCUCAACUUGAAGAUCUUACAUUAACCGACAAUCAAUUUGAAGGAAGCAUUCCAAGAUCAAUCGGUAACUGCACAUCGUUGAUAAACUUAGAUUUACAAUCGAACUUUUUUACAGGUUCGAUACUUGAGGAGAUUGGCUAUCUUGAUAAACUUGAGUUGCUAGUAUUGCAUAACAAUAGCUUUAGUGGAGCCAUUCCUUCCAAAAUCUUUAACAUGUCAUCACUCACUGGCUUGUCUCUUGGAAUAAAUCACCUCUCUCGAAUAAUUCCAUCAAAUAUGGGAUAUAGCCUUCCUAGCCUACAAUAUCUACAUUUGUAUGGUAACAAUUUUACUGGAAAUAUUCCAAAUAGUAUAUUCAACUCUUCUAAUCUUAUUGAAUUUCGAUUGGGUGGUAAUGCAUUCAGUGGAACUCUACCCAAUUUUGUUGGAAAUUUAAGGUUCCUCAAAAUAUUUGACACAUUUCACAACAAUUUCACAAUUGAAGAUUCUCAUCAAUUCUUUACUUCCUUGUCAAAUUGUAGAAAUUUGAAAUUUCUAGACUUAUCAAGGAAUCAUAUACUACCAAAUCUUCCUAAAUCAAUUGGAAACCUAACAGCAGAAUUCUUCUGGGCAGCAUCAUGUGGAAUUGAUGGUAAUAUUCCCCUAGAAGUUGGAAACAUGAGCAACUUGCUACGUUUUUCUCUUUCUGUGAAUAAUAUAACUGGACCAAUACCUAGUACAUUCAAAGGGUUGCAGAAACUUCAAAUUUUGAAUCUUAGCAGCAAUGGACUACAAGGAUCAUUUAUUGAAGAAUUUUGUGAAAUGAAGAGUUUGGGUGACUUGUAUCUUGAAAAGAAUAAGCUCUCUGGAGUUUUACCAACAUGUAUGGGAAAUAUGACUUCUCUUAUAAGGAUACAUGUAGGAUCCAACAAUUUGAACUCUAAAAUACCUUUAUCUCUUUGGAGUCUUAGGGAUAUAUUAGAGAUAAAUUUUUCUUCAAAUUCUUUAAGUGGUAAUCUUCCACCUCAGAUUGAGAAUUUGAGAGCAAUUAUAUUGUUAGACCUAUCAAGAAAUCAUAUUUCAAGCAACAUUCCAACAACCAUCAACUCCUUAAUCACAUUGCAGAUUCUCUCCUUAGCAGAAAAUGAACUGAAUGGAUCAAUUCCCAAAUUACUUGGUCAAAUGGCAGGCUUGAUCUCCUUGGACUUGUCCCAAAAUAUGUUAACUAGUGUUAUUCCAAAAUCCUUAGAAUCACUUUUGUAUCUUGAAAACAUCAACUUAUCAUAUAAUAGAUUAGAAGGAGAGAUUCCUGAUGGUGGAUCUUUCAAGAAAUUCACAGCUCAAUCUUUUUUGCACAAUGGAGUACUCUGCGGAAAUCCUCGCCUCCAAGUACCACCCUGUGGGAAAGAAGAUAAGAAAAUGUCAAUGGCAAAGAUGAUAAUACUGAAAUGCAUACUUCCCAUAGUUGUGUCAGCCAUUUUAAUUGUUGCAUUCAUCAUAUGUUUUAGAAUCAAGAGGAAAAACGUUGAAAAUACUCUUGAAAGGGAAUUAUCAGUUUUAGGAGCUACAAGAAGAAUAUCAUAUUAUGAACUUGUGGAAGCAACAAAUGGUUUCAAUGAGAGUAAAUUACUUGGAAGGGGGAGCUUUGGCUCUGUGUAUCAGGGGAUGCUUCCUGACGGUGAGAUGAUUGCAGUCAAAGUAAUUGAUUCAGAGGCAAAAUCAACAAGCUUUGAUGCAGAAUGCAAUGUAAUGAGAAAUCUACGACAUCGAAAUCUGGUUAAGAUUAUCAGUAGUUGUUCAAAUCAUGAUUUCAAAGCAUUGGUGCUGGAGUUCAUGUCAAAUGGAAGUGUGGACGAUUGGUUAUAUUCAGAUAACUAUUGCUUAAAUUUCUUGCAUAGGUUAAAUAUAAUGAUAGAUGUUGCAUCUGCAUUGGAAUAUCUCCAUCAUGGUUCUUCAAUACCCGUGGUUCAUUGUGAUCUAAAGCCUUCUAAUGUCUUGUUGGAUGAAAAUAUGGUUGCACAUGUUAGCGAUUUUGGUAUUGCCAAGCUCAUGGAUGAAGGACAAUCAAAAACUCAUACACAGACUUUAGCUACUAUUGGAUACCUUGCACCAGAGUAUGGAUCUAAAGGAAUUGUUUCUGUCAAAGGAGACGUGUACAGCUAUGGGAUUAUGCUAAUGGAAAUCUUCACAAGAAGAAAGCCAACAGAUGAUAUGUUUGCUGCAGAACUAAGCUUGAAGACAUGGAUCAGUGGAUCAUUGCCUAAUGCAAUUAUGGAGGUCUUGGAUUCUAAUUUAGUCCAACUAAAUGGGGAUGAAAUUGAUCUAUCGUUUCACAUGUCAUCUAUUUUUAGUUUAUCCCUGAAUUGUUGUGAAGAUUCACCUGAAGCAAGAAUCAAUAUGGAAGAUGUUAUUGCGUCUCUAAUCAAAAUAAAGACUUUGGUUCUUGGCGAAAACUGGGUCAAGUUAUAGGUGUUUACUUUUUCCUUUUGUAAGAAUCGUCAGCUGAAUAAAGGAUCAUCCCACAAGCAGCAUGUGAAAGUUUACGAAUCUGAGUAUAUAUCUGGACUUUGUAUUCACUGAUUUUUGAAUGUUUGUCAUAUGGUUUUUGCUGCAACUAUUUUAAGUUACAUCAAUAUACUUGACUUGAUGACUAA